CUGAUCUGGAAUACGGGCUGCAGGAGCACGGCAAUCGACAAGCGCCCCGCCAUCGCCCCGCCAUCGCCCCACUGCACCAAGACCGAUAGCGCCCUGCCAUGUCAAGACACGAGAUCGUUUCCCCCGAGGGACUGCGAGUGGAUGGAAGGCGGCCUGGUGAGCUGAGACGCAUCAACUGCCGCACCGGGAUCUUCACACAGGCCGACGGGUCUGCAUACAUCGAGAUUGGAAACACAAAGUGUCUGGCAGCCGUCUACGGACCUCGAGAGCCACAGAAAAAAGGUCAGGCCGUCCACGAUCGAGCGUUCAUAUCAGUCGAGUUCAAUGUCGCAAGCUUCAGCUCGGGCGAGCACAAGGAGAAGUUGCGACAGGACAGACGUCUUCUUGAACUCGGCACCACCAUCCGACAAACCUUUGAGCCGGUGAUCAUGGCACAGGCGUAUGCUCGCUCCGAGAUCGCCAUCUUCAUCCAGAUUCUUCAGACAGACGGCGGCAUCUUGCAUACUGCCAUCAACGCAACUACUCUCGCCCUGAUUGAUGCAGGCAUCGCCAUGACCGACUAUGUCGCUGCCUGCUCGUCCGGAUUCGCCAACGACCACGCCAUCUUGGAUCUGAACUAUAUCGAGGAAAUGGCCGAAGUGCCGGCUCUCACAAUGGCCAUUCUACCAAAGACAGGCAAGGUCACUAUGCUUGGGCUCGAAGCACGGCUGCAUCUGGACCACUUUGAGGCGACAAUGAACCUGGCCAACGACGGGUGUGCGGCUGUCCUGGACAUCCUGGACGAGGCCAUCCGCAAGAUCACCAAGACAAGGGCCCAAACCAUCUCAUAGGCCGAUCGACCACCGAGAUGCGCUGCAUGCAUAAUAUACUGCGUGGCUGCGAUCGUGCCGAGCCUGGGAA